AUGGGGUCGCUAGUUCACAUUUUGCCCGAAAAACAGCAGCGGAAGGCUCCGAAGAUCCGUCGCGGUCCACUGGACGGUUUCACGCGCAAGAGCGACCGGGACAAGGAGCUCAUCCGACAGUGUUUCCUGUUCAGUAAUCACCUGAUCCUGGCGACGCGGACCAGUAACGGUCACCUGCACCUCAUCAACGGGAUAGGACGCGUGUCGCUGGCCGAUGCCAUCCUGAUCGAGGACCCGUCGGAGAACGACGACGACCUCGAUUCGGAGACCUCCUCGUCGACCUCGUCGCUGUCCGACAACUCGACGGUGGGCCAGCUGCGGCGCGAACACAUCGGCCUCGACUUCAAGCUCAUCGUGGAGCGCAAAGGCGACACGCACCUGGUGCUCCACCUGGUGGCGCCCACCGCCCAGGAGAAGGCCGCCUGGGUCAGCGACAUCGCCCAGUGCCUGGACAACGUGCAGUUCAACAACUGGUUUCGCAGCUCGGUCUCGGACACGUCGUCAGUGACCAUGCCGCACUCGAUCCGGAAUGACCCCAAGCUCUUCCGCGACGACAUCGACAUCCGCUUCUCCAAGACGCUCAAUUCCUGCAAGGUGCCGCAGGUGCGGUACGCCACGCCGGAGCGGCUGCUGGAGCGACUGACGGACCUGCGCUUCCUCUCCAUCGACUUCCUCAACACGUUCCUGCUGACGUACCGCGUCUUCACGGACGGCGUCACCGUCCUGAACGCCCUCAAGACCGUCUAUUUCUCCGCCGAGAAAGGCGACUCGGACGACCCAACAUCACCGCCGGGGGAGGCGCGCCGGCGGGAGAGCGCUCUCAGCACGACGCUGCGCAUCGGCCAGGGCGAGUCGUCUCGUCGCAUCUCCACCGCCAGCACCGUCUCCUGCGUCUCGGCCUGCAGCGAGGGGAACGUGUUCGAGUCGCCGCUGAGGGGGCAGCACUGGCGCUGGACCCACCGACGCUUUGAGGAGGAGCUACGCACCAAUCCGGACUCGCUGGGCGGCAGCGCAGCCUCCUCGCUAGCCGUGGGCGGCCUGCAACAGAUCAAGGAGCAGCCGUCGCCGUCCGGCAGCGACUGCAGCAGCCAGAGCCAUUUCGUCGAGCUGCGCGACAAAGAGCGGGACGGCCAGUUCCUCAGCGUUCCGCCGCCGGCGGCCAGCGCCGCCACCGCCGGCGGCGGCAGCGACUCCAGCUCCGAAACCCUAGUCGGCACGGCCUCGUCGUCGACCAGCGAGCGCACCAUCACACCCGAGACGGUGGUGGAGCUGGCGGCCAAGCGGUGCCCCGAGCCGGGCAGCGAGCCCGCCGACCGAGCGCCGCUGGGUGCGCCAGAGCCCGAGAAACCGCAGGUGGCGGCGGCUGGCAGGGAGAGCGAGACGGUUGUGCUGCUGCGAGAGAGAACUGACGUCAUCCGAGAGGAGGAGGAGGGUGAGGAGGAGGACACGGUGCCCGAGGGCGAGCGUUCCGAGGGAGAUGGAGCCGAAGAGCAAAAGCCCGACGAGCACAAGCCCAAGACGGAAGCUGAAAUUGCCAGCGAGACCAGGAGAAAGCGGAAACUGUACCAGAAAUCGGAGAGCAUCGUGCUGGAGGCGGAGGAGCCGUGGAUGGACCGCUCGUUCCCCUCCUUCGCGUCGCGGGGCAGCACCUCGCUCAGCUGCAGCGACGCCUUCAGCAUCCCCCGCACCUCCGGCUACAGUGACACGCUAUCGAUCCCGCGUGGCUCGGCAUUCAGCGAUACCAUGUCAAUCCCGCGGGGCAUUCUGAGUUCGGAGACGCGCUCAGCACGCCGCGAGGCUCCACGUUCAGCCGCACCUCCGAGGGACAGCUCGUGA